ACUAUAUUGCCAAGUUAAGCUGUUGGCCCAAUUGAAACGCGGAUUUAACAAGUGGAGCUAAUUCAACGCCAUUUAUAUACAUUUUUAGCAAAAUGAUGUCCUUCAAAUCGUUUGCAUUGCUUAGUUUAUCACUUGCUGCCAUCACCGCCUACGUUUACGCCCAAAUAGCGCCCGGCUCGAAUGCGUAUUUGCCGCCCACCAAGAAUGGCUACGAUUAUCCCGAGCCCAAGAAGCCAUUUACACCUGGCCAGCCGUCACCACCCGGAACUCCCGGACGUACACCAGUACCUCCACCACGCAUCCCGCCCGGUCAACCAGGCGAUGAUCAUGUGCACGUUCCCGGCAUGCCGUUCGACUUUGAGUACGCAGUGCAGGAUCCGGAGACGGCUAACGACUAUGCGCACAAGGCAUCCAGUGAUGGCGAUGUGGUCACCGGCGAAUAUCGCGUUCAGCUACCCGACGGACGCACCCAGGUGGUCCGCUAUACCGCAGACUGGAAGACCGGCUACCAUGCGGACGUCAGUUAUGAGGGUGAGCCAUCCUAUCCACAGGGACCAGCUACUGGAGGACGUGGUGGUGGCGGCGGUGGUGGUGCCGGUGGCUACAAGUACUAGAGGGAGCAGAGUUCGCAUCGUUUCGCGUUUUGAGUUAUGUCUGUCGUAAUUAUAUUGUUGUGACUUCCAUCAGAAAUGUCUAAACUUUAUGGUAUACACCAAUAAAUAUUAUUGAUAAAUUUGGAA